GGUGUUGCUAGCUUUGCAUGGUUCCCGGUGACUUACACUACACUAUUGUACUGUACAUCACAUGACUUACAGCUGAAGCCCUUAUAAAGUUCACUAACAGGCAGCAUUACGUCUAUCCAGGGCCCCACCAACCUUCCAAAUCAUCCCCGCAGCGCUCGGUGGCGGGGUUGACCUCAACUUCGAACCUGGACCGUCAUCCCUCGUCAGACAACCUCUAAAACAACCAACAACCACUUCCACAUUUUCCAUCUCGAGACACGAACCACCAACCAUUACCAACUACGAGCGAACAAACACUAGCCAAGCUGGGGAAGCGCAAGGUUUCUGAAGGGGAUCUGCCUAUUUCCCUCAAACGAACCAUGACUGACAAGAAGCAACCCGACGGGAUCGACCUCGUCACCCGGAUGCAGGUCGACCCGUCUGUCGUGGGUUCGACCGAGAUCGAUGAGUCACUCUAUAGCCGCCAGCUCUAUGUGCUAGGCCACGAGGCCAUGAAGCGCAUGAUUGCGUCAAACGUGCUCAUUGUUGGUCUCAAGGGCCUCGGUGUCGAAAUCGCCAAGAACAUCGCCCUUGCUGGUGUCAAGAGCCUUACCCUCCACGAUCCGGCGCCGGUCGCCAUUGCGGAUCUCUCGUCUCAGUUCUUCCUCCGUCGCGAGGAUGUUGGAAAACCUCGAGAUCAAGUCACUGCUCCCCGGGUUGCCGAGCUCAACGCCUAUACUCCAGUUCACAUACACAAGUCCUCUAAUCUCGGCGAGAACCUAUCGCAGUUUGACAAAUACCAGGUUGUCGUCUUGACAAACACGCCGCUACACCUUCAACUUGUCAUCGGCGACUAUUGCCACCUAAAGGGCAUCUACUUCAUUGCCGCCGACACAUUCGGUCUGUUCGGGUCCGUGUUUUGCGACUUUGGCAGCAACUUCACUGUUAUCGACGCGACUGGUGAGAACCCGGUGAAUGGGAUCGUGGCUGGCAUCGACGAGGAAGGGCUUGUCUCUGCGCUCGACGAGACUCGGCAUGGGCUCGAGGAUGGCGACUAUGUUACCUUCUCGGAAGUUGAAGGUAUGGAAGGUCUCAACGGAUGCGAACCCCGGAAGGUUACAGUGAAGGGUCCCUACACGUUCUCGAUCGGCGACGUCUCUGGCCUCGGCCAAUACAAGCGCGGGGGCCUGUACCAGCAAGUGAAGAUGCCCAAGUCCGUCGACUUCAAGAGUAUCUCUACGGCCUUGAAAGAUCCUGAAUUUGUCAUCUCCGACUUCGCCAAGUUCGACCGCCCGCAGCAACUCCACGUCGGCUUCCAGGCUCUUCACGCGUUCGCUCAGGGCCGAGGUCGACUUCCUAGGCCAAUGAACGAUGAGGAUGCGGCUGAGAUUGUCAAAUCUGCCAAGGAAAUCGCGAAGGCCGGAGGCAUCGAGGUCGACUUUGACGAGAAACUCCUGAAGGAGCUUAGCUACCAGGCGACGGGCGAUCUCAGUCCCAUGGCCGCCUUCUUUGGCGGUCUUACCGCUCAAGAGGUGCUGAAAGCCGUGUCGGGCAAGUUCCACCCAAUCAAGCAAUUCAUGUACUUUGAUUCCCUCGAGUCUCUGCCUGCAGGCUCUGCGCGCUCUGAAGAACUGUGCAAGCCUACCGGAUCCCGGUAUGAUGGUCAGAUUGCGGUCUUUGGCCGGGAGUUCCAGGACAAAAUUGCAAAUAUGAAGCAGUUCCUCGUUGGAGCCGGUGCGAUUGGCUGUGAGAUGCUCAAAAACUGGGCCAUGAUCGGUCUUGGAACCGGUCCUAGGGGUCGCAUCACAGUGACUGAUAUGGACCAGAUCGAGAAGAGCAACCUCAAUAGGCAGUUCCUGUUCCGGCCAAAGGACGUGGGACAAAUGAAGAGCGACUGCGCGGCCAAGGCAGCGCAGGCUAUGAAUCCCGAGCUUGAGGGUCACAUUGUCACUCUCAAGGAUCGCGUCAGCCCGGAGACAGAGCACAUCUUCAACGAAGAUUUCUGGAAGAGCUUAGAUGGAGUGACAAACGCGCUGGACAACAUUGAAGCGAGGACCUACGUCGACCGAAGAUGCGUUUUCUUUCACAAACCACUUCUGGAAAGCGGUACUCUCGGAACAAAGGGCAACACACAGGUGGUCCUCCCGCGCCUGACCGAGUCAUACUCGUCUUCCCAGGAUCCGCCAGAGCAAUCAUUCCCCAUGUGCACACUCCGCAGUUUCCCCAACAAGAUCGAGCACACAAUUGCGUGGGCGCGUGAGUUGUUUGAAAGCUCAUUCGUGAAGCCCGCCGAGACAGCGAACCUGUACCUUACCCAGCCCAACUAUCUGGAGACAACGCUGAAGCAGGGCGGCAACGAGAAGGCGACGCUUGAGAUGCUGGUCGACUACCUCAAGAACGAGCGUGCGCUCAGCUUCGAGGACUGCGUCCAAUGGGCCCGCAUGCUGUUUGAGAAGCAAUACAACAAUGCCAUCCAGCAACUGCUUUACAACUUCCCCAAGGAUGCCGUGUCGUCCUCCGGGACGCCUUUCUGGUCGGGACCGAAGAGAGCCCCUGAUCCGCUCAAGUUCGACGUCGACAACCCCACGCACUUUGCCUUCAUUGAGGCGGCGACGAACCUGCAUGCUUUUAACUACAACAUCAAUCUCAAGGGCAAGACCAAGCAGGACUAUAUCCGAGCGCUGGAUGCCAUGAUCAUUCCGGAUUUCUCACCAGACGCCAAUGUCAAGAUUCAGGCAGAUGAUAAAGAGCCUGAUCCGAAUGCUGGUGGGAGCGCUUUUGACGACGAGACGGAAUUGCAGAACCUCGUCAACGAACUGCCAGAUCCCAAGUCGCUGGCUGGCUUCAAGCUCACGCCGGUCGAGUUCGAGAAGGACGACGAUACCAAUUUCCAUAUUGACUUCAUCACAGCUGCCAGCAAUCUACGCGCCGAGAAUUACAAAAUCGAGCCGGCGGACCGGCAUAGGACCAAGUUCAUUGCCGGCAAGAUUAUCCCUGCGAUUGCCACGACCACGGCCCUGGUUACGGGGUUGGUCGUGUUGGAGCUGUACAAGAUCAUCGACGGCAAGCAAGACAUUGAGCAGUACAAGAACGGGUUUGUCAACCUGGCGCUUCCGUUCUUUGGCUUCAGCGAGCCGAUUGCGAGCCCCAAGGUCGAGUAUCAGGGCCCCAACGGCAAGGUGACGCUGGACAAGAUCUGGGACAGGUUUGAGGUGGACGAUAUUACCCUGCAGGAGCUGCUUGACGAUUUUGAGAAGCGCGGCCUCUCGAUUUCGAUGCUGAGCUCUGGGGUCAGCCUGUUGUAUGCGGCCUUCUUCCCGCCGGCUAAGCGAAAGGACAAGUACGGCAAGAAGCUGAGCGAGCUGGUUGAAUCGGUGACCAAGAAGCCGAUCCCGGCGCAUCAAAAGGAGCUGAUAUUUGAGGUGGUUACGGAAGACGCGAACGGGGAGGACGUCGAGGUGCCGUACAUCAAGGCCAAGAUCAGGUAAAUGGUCAAAACUGCAUGCCCGGUUUUAGGUUGGGCGAUGGUGGGACAUGAUUUGAGUGGCACACAGGCAAACAUGUGAGAUAGACAUUCAAUUCCAUUCUGGGCUCUGGGACGGAAUUACGUAGCAAUCAUGUUACGAGACUCGGGGGUAUGGUAUGUCAUUAAGAACGGCCGCGUUUCAAUGCCCAUGUUGAACUCUCGUUUCUAGGACGAUUAGAUACUCUGCUAUUGACUAGACUAAGGUAU